AUGCCCGUUAUCACAUCCGUGGGUCCAGGCAACCUUACACAGCAGAUGUGCAUGGCCCAGUAUUAUCAGCCGCCUAUCACGCACGCUAUGCCACCGCUUUAUACGGCGGCGCUUACAGCAGCGUUGUCUACGCCACCCCCAUCAACCAAAAUCCUGGCUUCUGAGAACCUGAAAUUCAACCCUCCCAAGCCAUUGAAAGACGCGCCCAACAAAGACACCAGCAAAUACUGUGAAUAUCACAAGGGCCGUGGCCAUGAUACCAACGAUUGCUAUCAGUUGAAGAAGCAAAUCGAAUACUUCGUGAAGGCGGGUAAGUUGGCUCACCUGGUUCGGGAUAUAAAGCAGGGUCCGCUCCCUAACAAGGAAGACACUGACAAAGGUGCGGGCAAGAGACAUCGGGAAUUGAACAUGGUUUACGCUGAUAAGGGAAAGGGAGCAAAGCGGAGUUUCUCCACGCUCGAGCCCUGGAUGCUUGCAACCAUAACGGUCGAACCAUGUGUUGAGGAUUUACACCUCACCAUUGACCCCCUCAUCAUAUCCGCCGCAGUAGGCGAUUACAACAUGAGAAGGAUCCUGUUGGACACCGGAAGCUCUGAAGACAUAAUCUACGAACACUGUUUCAACAGGAUGCAACCGGAAGACAAGAAGCUUCUCGAAUCAGUACAAGCCCCUAUUAAGGGGUUCACUGGAGAAAAAGUUGACCCAAUUGGUCAAAUAACCUUUCCUGUAACAUUCGGACACGCCCCUCGCGAAAGAACCAUACUCCUCACAUUUCUUGUGGUACGUGCCGAAUCCUACCACAAUGUGAUAAUUGGAAGGUUUACACUGGGAAAACUAGACGUUGUCGUCUCCACGGCGCGUGGGUUCAUGAAGUUCCCCACCCCGCGGGGGAUCGCAACAAUUUACCGGGACAAGUUAGGUGAAGUUUUAGAUACUAAAAGAUGCCGUUAA